UUUUUUUGUCAGCAGGCGGCUGUAUUGAAGCCUGAGCAGUUGAGUGGGCAACCCACAGUCCCUGCGCAUCCGCGCUUGGGCCGCGCUUCCGCUCCGGCGCCCGACACGGCCGGUGUUUCCGGUUUGCGGCCGCAGUGUUGAUGUCGCGGCAUGAUGACGCACUAACCCCGCGGUAGACGCGGCUGUUUUGAAGCCGGAGAAGCCGCCCUCGGAGUUUACGGGCCCCGAGGCAGUGUUUCCGUCGGUCCACCUCGCGUCUCCGUCCGUGCGACCGCACUUCCGUGCGCUAUGGCGCCCCGGAACCCGCCGCGGCCCGCGCUGCACCUGAAGAUGGACGAGCUGUUCCUGCGCUUCCUCAGCGAUCCCGACGUGCAGCGCGCGCUGAGGGACGGGCUGCGCCGCAUCACGGACCCGGAAGAGGACCACCCGGCGGACCCGGAACGCUGCACCCCUGUGGUGCGCGGGACCGGAAGCGGGGACGCAACCGGAAGUGAGGCCUACAGAACUCCCGACGUGCCCCGCGCGCUGCUGCGAAUCACAGGUGGAAGUGCCCGCCCCGAGCGGUCCCCACGGAGGAGGGCGGCCCAGACAAGGAAGGAGGAGCCGCCGCCCCCCCAGGCUCCGCCCACCAGCCACAGCAUCAUCCCGGCUUUCCAUUUCCCACGCGGUCGCCCCACGCAGCAGGAGCAGGAAGGAGGGCGGAGUCUUGGUGGCCGCGUGGAUGAUGUUAUCGCCAGGGUGGAGCGCGUGUUCUCCGGGUUCCCUCAGGAGAGGGCGGCUCUGGGGGACAUGGGCGCCCUGGCCGAGGCCUGCGGCUGCCCGCUGUACUGGAAGGCCCCUCUGUUCUAUGGCGCUGGCGGGGAGCGCACAGGGUCUGUGUCUGUACACAAGUUCGUGGCCACGUGGCGGAAGAUUCUGUUGACUUGUCAUGAUGAUGCCUCCCGGUUCGUUAGGCUGCUCAUGGCUCCUGGGACAGAUUUCUUGGUGCAGGAGGACUUUGUGCCCUUCCUGCAGGAUGUGGUGAACACUCACCCCGGCCUGUCCUUCCUGAAAGAGGCCUCUGAGUUCCACUCUCGCUACAUCACGACGGUCAUCCAGAGGAUCUUCUACACAGUGAACAGGUCGUGGACUGGCAGAAUCACGUGCUCAGAGCUGCGGCGGAGCAGCUUUCUGCAGAAUGUCGCGCUGCUGGAGGUGGAGCAUGACAUCAAUCAGCUGACGGAGUUCUUCUCCUACGAGCACUUCUAUGUCAUCUACUGCAAGUUCUGGGAGCUGGAUGCUGACCACGACCUGAUGAUUGACAGGCGCGACCUGGGGCGGCAUGGGGAUGGGGCCAUCUCCUCCAGGAUGAUUGACAGGAUCUUCUCCGGUGCUGUGACUAGGGGCCGGAAGGUGCGGAAGGACGGGAAGAUGAGCUAUGCGGACUUCAUCUGGUUCCUGCUUUCAGAGGAGGAUAAAACCACGCCCACCAGCACCGAGUACUGGUUCCGCUGCAUGGACCUGGACGGUGACGGCGCACUCUCCUUGUUCGAGCUCGAGUUCUUCUACGAGGAGCAGGCCCAGCGGCUGGAGGCCCGGGACGUGGAGCCACUGCCCUUCCGCGACUGUGCAUGCCAGAUGAUGGACAUGGUCAGGCCGCGGGUACCUGGCAGGAUCACGUUGCAUGAUCUGAAGCGCUGCGGCCUCGCGGGCGUUUUCUUCGACACGUUCUUCAACGUGGACAAAUACCUGGACCGGGAGCAGCGGGAGCGGGCGGCGCCGGCGCGGGACGCUGACUCCCCCGACGGCCCCCCUCCCUCAGACUGGGAUGUCUACGCGGCGCAGGAGUACGACUUCCUGGUGGCGGAGGAAGCGGCGGCCACGGCUGGGGACGAGUGGGAGGAUGCGUUUGAGCUGAGCCCAGCGGACUUGAACCCUUCCUGGGAUGACCAGGAUGAUGACGACGUGAACCUGUACGACCUCACGCGGCCCCUGUGAUGUGCCCGGGAUUACUUGGGGGAUGACGUUUGUGCUUGCAGCCGGCCUGCCCCGCUCCUGCUCCCACACAAGCCAUGACGUGAUUGUUCGAGUUGCACAGACUUUCCAGGGUCACGGGAGUAAUGGGCUCCUUGGAACAAUGGGAUCUUCCUCACUGACCAGACCCUGGCCACCUGCAGGUGCCUUCCUACCCCGGCCCCACGUGACACCGUUGCGGCCUGUGGGAGAGGGGCGGGUCACUUUUUAUUUUUCAAUAAAGUUUUCGAUGGUUUUCAUCCCUCGUGUGACGGCACUCUG